CCGACUCGUGAAGUUUGUUGUUCCGUACAUGUCCGCGAAUUGAGCGCGUGCGCGCUCGCACUCUGACUCCAUCAAAAUAAUACGUUUAAAAAUUACCAUCCGUAACCGUAAUGUAACCACGGAAGAUUAAAGAAAAAAAAAUUCGCGUGUUUUGCUAUUAGUAAAUACCUAUUGAAUUUCGAAUAACCUUAUACAUAAAAAUUUAACACUACCGUAAAAAACAAUCCGAAAAAAAAAAACUUUAAGAAAAAUAUUUCGUCCAUCAAAUUGUUGCACCGUAAAAAGUUUUUAGAAACUACAUUCGUUGUCGUUGGUAUUUUUUUUUUUUUUUACGUCAAACAAUUUGCACGUCUGAACCCACUAUAUUGUUUCACACAUUGAAAUAUGUAAUACUAUAUAUUAGGUAAAGUAUUUAAAUCUAAAUGUUCGACACCGUUUAGUCGACGCUAUAAAAUCAGUCGUAUUGUCGCCACCUGCACCGCGUUAUCUAUAUCUGCCCGGGGCUGGUGUGCGUGAAGAGUAAAUAUUGAAAAACGCGUCGUUUAUCGCAGUUGUCCUGUCACUGCUACAAUUGCCAUCACCACUACCGCUGUUAAUUGAUAAUGACUGGCAGUCGUGCAUGAGAUGCUCAUCGCCGACAGUUAGUCAGAGGAAAACAGCCGUAAUGUCUAGAAGGAAACAGAGCAACCCGAAGCCGCUGAAACCCGGCGAAGAUAGCGAAUGGACCACAAACGAUGAAGUGGUCAGUGAUAGUGACGCGACAGUAAAAUGUGAGGUAAAAACAGAACAACAGCAACAACUAUCGCCGUCUUCGCGACAAGAACCGGAAGAGCCACCACCCUCCAAUGACCAUCACUCAACGUUAAGACUUAAUCCGAAUUUAGCCACUGAUCCAGCCAGAUGGUCGCUUACAGACAAGCCGUCACCGCCACAGCCGCCUCCACUGCCACCACCACCGCCACCAUCAGCGACUGUAACGGCCGCUGCAGCUGCUUCAUCUUCGGAAUCGUCGUCUUCAUCGUCUUCGUCGUCGUCACUGUCAUCGUCGGCGAUCGGCGAGUCUAAUCACAACGUAGUUACUAUUACCGCACCUAGAGCGAUACAAAUAUUCAUUUGCAACCCGUGCGGGAUACGAUUCAGUUCACUGAGCACGCUGGACGCCCAUCAGACGUACUAUUGUUCACGCAGACACAAAAAAGAUUCAGAAUCGGACGAUGUCAAAUUACCGAUGGUCGUCGAGCCCGAUGAGGUGACCCUGGGCAACGACACAGACAGCCGUCCGUCGUCUGUCGAACCGUCCGCUAAGUCGAUGAGAACGGGCAAACAGUACAAGUGCCCUCACUGUUCAUACAGCGCCGAUAAAAAAGUGAGUCUGAACAGGCACAUGCGUAUGCAUUCCAUAUCACCAGUGUUGGUGCAAUCGCCGCCGUGUCCGUCGGACAAUGCUGACCCAUCGGUGGUGGACCGGUACUGCCAGAACUGUGACAUCCGGUUCUCUAACCUGCGAACGUACCAGGCGCAUAAGACGCAUUAUUGCAACACACGGCACGUGGUCAAGCCAACCCCGUCCAGUUCGCCUAUGCCUAACAACCCGUCGCCCACCGGCGUGGUGCCCACUUACCUGGCACUGCCCACUAAUCCUGUCAUCGUAGUUCCUUACACACUCGUACAAAAUGCAAGCGUCCUAUCUGCCCUAUCGGCGGACAUAGGCCCGUCUCCGCCUACCGAUACCGCAUGCAUCGUCCUAUCCGACGGCACGCUUCAGCCCAUUGCCCAGGCGCUGGUGCCCACUAAAUUCAACAUGAUUGCUAACAACGACAAUAUACAAAGAGCCCACUCGCAGUCUCCGCCGGAAGAAUUCUAUUCACCGCCCAAAAAAGCGGAGUCCAUCAGCCCGGAGACGAAAAUGAGACCGGCAGCGCAACCGUCGUCGCCGCUUGACCUGCGACUGAAGCGCGCGGCCAAGUCGUCGCAGGACGCUGCCGGCUGCACGGACGGUGAAGAGGAAAAGGAGAACAGACGGAGCGACGGUAACGUAACUGACGCCGAGGACAUAGUGUGCGCGCCAUCCAUUCCUUGCAUGAUACUGUCGCCGUCGUCUUCUCCGACAUCCGGUGGCGGCGACGGUGGCGGCAGCAAGACGCCACAACACCGACUCGGAGUGAACCACCACCACAAUCAGCAACUGCAACAGCAGCAGCAACAACAGCAACAGCAGCACCACCACCUUCGCAACCACAACCCGCUGCCGCUGCAGCCGCCGACUAACGGCAUGGUACAGCAUUGCGGCAAGUCCGUUCCGGUAACGGCCGUGUACGACGGCACCGACCGGAACGGUGGAAAGUUCAGCGUGUCCAGUCUGUUGCACGCGCCGAGUGGCCGAAUGCAAGACGGCGUCAAACAGGAACCGACCAACAACGGUGAGCCGCCGCAUCACGCGGCGUUGCACCACAUGCCGGCUGCGCAUCAAAGGUUCAGCGUGAUGCACAAAUCGAUAUUGUCCUCGGCCGUCGUGGCCCCGAUGCCGCCCGGCGUCCAGUCGCGCGGCCUUGGUGAACUCCUAAACCCGGCCCCCAUGUUGCCGUACUUCACGCCUGACAUGACGCUCCGACUGACUUCGAACUCGACGCAAGACGGUGGCGGCAUGCCUCCCGCGCACCAUCAGUUUUACUUGAAACAGGGCCCGUCCAAGUGCGAGAGCUGCAACAUUGUGUUCUGCAAGUACGAGAAUUUCCUGGCGCACAAGAAGCACUACUGCGCGUCCCGUCCACCCCCGGAUGGCGGGGACGGUGACGCGGACAAGACGAGCCCCGAAGGAUCGCCAGGACCCAAGCCGCUGACGGUGUCGUCGCCGCAGUCGUCCAAGGACAGCGCGAGCCCCACGCCAGUGCUCAAGCCACCUAUGAUCCAGUUCAUAUGCUCCACGUGCGGCGUCAAGUUCUCGUCGUUCGAUAACCUCACCACGCAUCAGACUUUCUACUGCCCGAAUAGAACUGCCGUGGCGCUGCAAGAACCUGUUGAAAAUAAGGCGGCGCCGCUCGCACUGCCGUUAAAAUGUCCAAAGUGCAAAAUGAACAUCGACGGGACACAUCAUCACCAAUGUCAACCAGCCAACUGUUGGAAGUGUCCGGUGUGCGGCGCCGUGUGCUCAAGCGCGUCGGCUGCUCAAAAACAUUUGGACAAUCAUAACGGCAUAAGGGCGUUCGUAUGCACUAUUUGCCAGUACAAGGGCAACACACUCAGGGGUCUCAGAACACACAUCCGCAUGCACUUCAACAAACGUAUGAUUCCGGAUCUCAUGGAAGAAGAUUACGUGACGUGUCUGAUCGACGAGAACUCGGCGUCAUCGAUGGUCGACGGACGUGCCAAGACGCCGACGACUUCGGAUUCCACGGACAAGCCGUCUGCACCGUCGACCGUCCUCGUUAAGACUGCCACCGCCGCCGCCGCCGCCACCGCCUCUUUGUCGUCAUCGUCGCCGUCGCCGUCGUCGUCUUUGUCGUCCACAGCCGCGGCCGCCAUCGUCGUCGUGGACGACGAGCCAAAAGAGCUGGUGACCAUCAAGCAGGAACCGGUCAACGGCAUGGCUGCACCGUCGGCGGACGAGUCGACCACCGGCGGCUACCGUCCACAGAGCGAACAGCCGGCCGCGGCGUCCGACGACCUGCUGCAGCAACAACUGCCGCCGCCGCAACUGCAACUGCAGACCGCCGUCGGCAACAAGCGGGCCGGCAUCACCGCGAAAUAUUGCAAGGCGUGCGACAUAUCGUUCAACUAUCUGUCCACGUUCAUCGCGCACAAAAAGUACUACUGCCGGAACAGCGCCGAGUACAAGUGCAACACGGAAAACGCCAAGACGGCCACCGUCACUUAGGUGACGUGCAUAUAACGCGCGCAGUCGACCGAUAAAUCCUACGGUUGUUGUAUUAAAUUUUUAUUAUUAACAUUAUUAUUUUGAUUAUUAUUAUUAUAUGAUUAUUAUUAUUAUUAUUAC